UGUUCUUGUUCUCUGGUGACAGCGGAGCAAAUGAGUUUUUGAGUGGCUGAAAGUGGUUGCAGGGCGAAAAAAUGACGAAACUAGUGUAAAUCGUAUGUUUAUCGGAUUGUUUCAGCGUAAAAUUCUACUUGGCUAGAGUUGCAGUGGUUCCCCACCGGAAGACGUGUACUUAAUAAUUGUGAACAUCGAACGAUACGGAGUGCUUGAAGAUGUCCUCGUCGGCGAUAUUUAUUUUGGAUGCUAAAGGGAAGGUUCUAAUCUCCCGCAACUAUCGUGGACAUAUCGACAUGAGUGUCAUCGAUAAAUUCAUGCCGCUAUUGAUGGAGAAGGAAGAGGAAGGUCUUAUUACUCCCAUCCUGCAAACACCCGAAUGCACAUUUGCGUAUGUUAAGACCAAUAAUCUGUAUCUGGUUUCGGUGACUCGCAGCAAUGCCAAUAUUGCACUGGUCUUUGUGUUUCUGCACAAAGUGGUGACGGUUUUCACCGAGUACUUCAAGGAACUCGAGGAGGAGAGCAUUCGGGACAAUUUCGUUGUCAUCUAUGAGCUUCUGGAUGAGCUGAUUGAUUUUGGUUAUCCGCAAACAACAGACAGCAAGAUUCUUCAGGAGUAUAUCACUCAGGAGGGCCAUAAGCUGGAGAUUCAGCCACGGAUUCCGAUGGCAGUGACGAACGCGGUUUCCUGGCGCUCCGAAGGGAUCAAAUACAGGAAGAACGAAGUCUUCCUGGAUGUUAUAGAGAGUGUUAAUCUGUUGGCAAACGCCAAUGGAAACGUGCUGCGCAGUGAAAUUGUUGGGGCCAUCAAAAUGCGUGUGUAUCUUUCUGGAAUGCCGGAACUGCGGCUCGGAUUGAACGAUAAGGUUCUGUUCGAGAGCACUGGCCGUGGCAAAUCCAAAUCGGUCGAGCUGGAGGACGUAAAGUUUCACCAGUGUGUGAGGCUGUCUCGUUUCGAGAAUGAUCGAACCAUUUCAUUCAUUCCACCGGACGGCGAGUUCGAACUGAUGUCGUACCGACUCAAUACCCAUGUGAAACCGCUGAUUUGGAUCGAAUCGGUGAUCGAACGCCACGCCCAUAGCCGGGUGGAGUACAUGAUAAAGGCGAAGUCGCAGUUCAAGCGGCGCUCGACGGCGAACAACGUUGAGAUAGUCAUUCCGGUGCCGGCUGAUGCCGAUUCGCCCAAGUUUAAGACCACGAUAGGGAGCGUUAAGUACGCUCCGGAGCAGAAUGCGAUCACGUGGACCAUUAAGUCGUUCCCGGGUGGAAAGGAAUAUUUGAUGCGUGCUCAUUUUGGACUUCCCAGCGUAGAGUGUGAGGACACAGAAGGCAAGCCACCGAUUCAAGUGAAGUUCGAGAUUCCAUACUUCACCACGUCUGGAAUUCAGGUCCGCUAUUUGAAGAUCAUCGAGAAGAGUGGCUACCAGGCGCUGCCGUGGGUGCGCUACAUCACCCAGAACGGGGACUACCAGCUGAGGACAAAUUAGUAGAGACCACUAUCAACAAAAUACACAUCCACACACUCACAUCCAUUCAUGCAUCCCCAAAAAUACGAGAGGGCAGCAUGGUGAGCAUUUUAGGUUUUAUUGAGUGGAACCCCGCGCUAGGCUUAGAGAAGUAUUAACAAUAAUCACAGCAGCAACAUAAUAACAGCAUAAUUUUGCACGAUUCCGGCAGAACACAGACACACACGGUUUGUGUCCCGGGGUUCAAAAGUCGUUCGUUAGUGUGGAACAUUUAUAUAUUCGUUAUCAUGAAAAUUACAAAAGUGAAUCGAAAACAAACAAAAGUUUAUGGUGAAAUCUGACCACGGAGCGAGUAUUAAAAAUCAAAAACAUUACUACUUUAUUUUAUUAUGUGUUUAAAUAUUUAAAAUUGGUUCAUAUUUCUUGAA